UUCUCCGCAUUGUGUCCAUCGACAGCGCAUCGUGAAAACAGUUCAUUGUAUGCUGCUGAGCGGGAAAGCUACGCUCCAAAAAAAUAGCGGUCGGUCUUCGUUAGAAAUCCAAUUUAAUCCCGUCUAACAAUGAGCGAAGAACUUAAUGACUCGGGUUGUCUGGAGAAGAGCCGCAACGACAGCGUAAGCGAACACGAAGAUGAUCGCUCACACAGUCCGGACAUCCAUUUUGAACCGGUGAUGAAGCUGCCGUUGAUCGACGUGAAAACGCUCGAAGAAGAUGAGGAGGUGCUUGUGAAGCUGCGGGGCAAGCUAUACAGGUACGUCACGGCACCCAACGAGGCACCUGAGUGGAAAGAGCGGGGCACAGGUGAGGUGAAGAUCCUCUGCAACAAAGCUGGCCACUGCCGCAUUCUCAUGCGCCGCGACAAGACCUUCAAGGUGUGCGCCAACCACUAUGUGCACCCUGGCAUGGAGCUAAAGCCGAGCCACGGCAGUGACAAAGCCUGGGUCUGGAGCACUUUAGCUGACUUUGCAGAUGAGGAGCCAAAGCCAGAACUGUUAGCAUUGCGGUUUGGAAGUGUAGAGAAUGCCCAGAAAUUCAAGGAAAAGUUUGAAGAAGCCAAGAAAAUGCAAAUUGAGCUUCUCAAGGAAAGCAAAGAAGCCACUUCCGAAUGUGAAGUGCCGACAAAGGAGCUAGAGUCUCUGGAUAUCAAGGAGAAGACAAAGGAGCACAACGCGGGCAACGAUAGCGCCGUGACGGAAUCCGAAAGAAGUCUCUCGGAAUCAACAGACUCCCCCAAAAAGUGAAGCGAAAAAGCUGCCCCGUGCUCUUGUAGCGUGUCGUGUACUGCCGGUCGAUUGACUGUUGCCUUUUUUCCGCAUUGCAGGGACCACGUCUCGUUCAUGGCCGAGACGAGUCGGUCCUGGGCUCGUCCUCGACUAGUCCGACUUUUCAAAGCACCAAAACGGCCAAAAUGUCGUGGGGUGUUGAGGCUUCUGUUUUUUUUUUUUUUUUUUUCUGUUAGUGCAUUGCCAGAGAGUUCCUAGAUUUCUGUAAAGCAUAUAAGUCUGCUGAAAUGGAAAGGACAGGAGCUGACGUCAAACUUCCCCACUUGGGACAUUUACUGAAUCGUCCUGCUUAGCACAGUGGUUGAUGGGGUCAUGUGAGACCCCACACAAAAGUACCUUCUUUGUGAAUUUAGCCUUGUUGCCUUUCUCGCGGUUAAUACAGUGGCCUGUGAGUUCUUGAAGAAAAGUGUUCCCGUCGAAAUACUUUUUCAAUACGCUGGUAGGAUUAACUGUGAGAAGUUGUGCUAGUACUUAUGGUGUUAGCGUGCAGAGGCUGUGAGAUGCGUGAGCGUAGCUCAUGUAAGGGAAUUUUACAAAAAAGGAAAUUGACGACACUUUUGCAUCGGAGGAAGUUUUGGUUAUUGCAUCACGACUUGCUUCUGUUUGAGACUGGCAUCAAGGCUGUCGGCAAUAUGUUUUCUUUGCAAUGCAUGUGGAUUACCAGUCCUUUGCUUUACUGUCACUUGCUUAUGUCGAAUUUUCGAAUGCUUUCUUUUUAUUGUAAAGCUUAUUGAGUGCAUGCGACACUUUAUGCGUAAUUUCUACGCUUUCUGGGUUUAGUUAUCCUAUUGUUUGCAGUGUAACUCUAUGCUGACGAGAAUUCUAGUUCUUUGCAGCAAAGGCUUGCACAUUGUGUGGGCAGAUUUCGGUGCACUCUUCAUGUCGGUGAAAUUAUUAUAAUGCCGCACACCCCCUGAUGACAAUGCAUGCUGGGUUUAUCGCCAUUUGCAAUUGUGUUGGGAUUAUGUUGGACACAGUUAACCUGUCUCGAGGCUAUUUUUGAAAGCAUGCAAUGUAUACAUUUAAUGCGUGUUGUGUCUAAGACACCAAAUCCUAGAUGAUCAUAUACCGCGAUAUGGCCAACGAGGUCGCUUCCGUUAUCAUUGUCAUUCUUUCAAUCAAUUGCUGUCUGCAGAUAUUUGUGAUGAUUGUGUCAUCUUGUAUGUGUGUGCUGAUUGUGUUGUGUAAUUGCUGAUUGGAGUGACUGGCGAGUGUUGGUUGCUGACAUGUUGCCUGUGACUGGGGUUGAACACAUCCAUCACAUCGUGACACGAGGACUCUAGCGAAUGACAGAAUAGGCAUCGAAAACGCACCAGCAUUUUUGUGACGCAUUCUGUGAAGCUGUCGGCCGUGCUCUGUUGGCCGGACGGUGUAUUAUUGUCAUUUUUUCACUGUAAAUACUGCAGCAUAUGUAGUUCUUGUGGAACACCACAUGUAUUAGCAUCUAUUAAAUGGCUUUUGGAUAUGUG